UGAGUCAAAUCGAAUCACUGUAACGACGAGGCGGAUCCUGUAGAACCACAGUGCUUCAAAACCUCCUCCAGCUGCUUUUUCCAAUGGGGAUCAAGUUAGCGAAGUUUUACAGAGAGCUACAGGUCCUUCUCUCCGCUAUCUUGGACACUUUAUGAAACAAAAACUGCAUUUAUCAUGUUAUGCCACAUUACUCGUCCGGACUCUGUUGUCCUGGAAGUGAACGUGGAUGCAAAAGCGAACGGAGAAGAAAUUCUCAAUAAGGUUUGUCAGAAGAUGGGAAUCAUAGAGGUGGAUUAUUUUGGACUCCAGUUCACGGGUACAAAGGGAGAAAUUUUGUGGUUAAAUCUUAGAAACCGGAUAUCUCAACAAGUAGACACCCUGUCUCCCUGCAAACUGAGGUUGCGAGUCAAGUUCUUUGUUGAGCCCCAUCUAAUUCUGCAAGAGCAAACAAGACAUUUGUUUCUGUUGCAUGUGAAGGAGGAACUUUUUAAAGGAAGUUUGCGGUUGGACAGAGAGCAGGCAAUAGUGCUCUGUGCGUUAUUAGCUCAGGCAGAGUUUGGAGAUUACAACCAUAACACAGCCAAGUACUGCUACUCCCAGAUUUAUGGUCAAGACCCAAGCCAUGACACCAUUAACAACAUUUAUAUGAGGCAUAAAGAAUUGGAGGGUGUUAGUCAGCCUUCAGCAGAAUAUCAAGCCCUGCAGAUGGUUUCCUCCCUUAGCUACUAUGGAGUGGAGUGGCACUCCGCCCGUGACUCUGAAGGAAAGGAGCUUGUCAUUGGUGUUGGGCCAGAAGGCCUGUUUGUCUGCAAAACAGAUUUUAUUCCUGUUGAAAGAAUCAUAUAUCCGGUCAUACAAAUGGCCACUCAGUCAGGAAGGAACGUAUAUAUCACCAUAACAAAAGACAAUGGGGACAGUGUGGUACUCCUAUUUAAAUUCAUCAGUCCUAAUGCUGCCAAUGGAUUAUACCGUGCUAUCACAGAGAUCCACGCAUUUUACAGGUGUGAUACGGUAAUGAGCACAGUGAAGAUGCAAUAUAGUCGUGACUUCAAGGGUCACCUGGCUUCCCUCUUCCUCAACGAAAGCAUUGAUCUUGGUAAAAGGUACAUCUUCGAUAUCCAGCACACAUCCAAGGAAGUGUACGACCGUGCCCGGCGUGCCCUGUUCAAUGCAAGGAUGGCUGUGACUGGAUUUGGGGGUCCGAGAGACAUUUGCGCUCCAUGUCCCUCACCGCAGGCUGAGACGGAAGAGAGGACAUGUGUUGGCUGCGUAGAAACUCUUGUACUGAAGGAGAAACUCCAAAGGCUACGAGAUGCCCUGACUUGCGCUCUGUGCUGUGAACAGGAAAUCAGUGCUGCAUUUUGUCCUUGUGGACAUAUGUUCUGCUGUUACAACUGUGCUGGCCAACUCCAGUAUUGCCCAGUGUGCCGCUCAGGGGUGGACCAUGUUCAGCACGUCUAUUUACCCACCUGUGCCAGUCUACUUACCCUGGCAGAGGGAAAAACUACCUGCGCUGUAUCCAGAGGGACUUCUGCCACAGAGGAUUAGCUAUAAGUCAAAGACCUGCCAAAUGUAAGAAAAAAACUAUGCACACUGCACAUGGACCGAUACACUGUUGGACAAAGACUUUUUUUAAAAUGUAGAAAUAGUGAGUGAAUCUGGCUCUCAGUACCUUGAGAAUAAUGACUCAACUGUCAGUACUGCAACAUUCUCCAAACAACAGAAAAAAUGUAUGACAGCAUCCAAAAAUAUUUUGGUUUGUGCAUUCUUCUUAUUUAACUGCUAAGCAUUGUGGUAUUUUAUACAAUGUGCAGAAAGGCAUAAAAACGCAUUAACAAACAUUUAUUCAUGAGGAAAUAAAUGAAACAGAUGUUUGCAAAAACAGUCAGGGAGUAUAUAGUGUUCAAAUACGGCAAAUACCUAUAAAUGUACUACUUUUAUUUAUACUGUGAACCAGAAUUUGAGUAUUUUUCAAAUCAAGGAUUUAUUUCAUAUUUAAUUUAUAUUUUCAGACAUUUAUAAGUUGAUUAUGUGGUACAUUCUGCAACUAAAUAUAAAUGUAAAUACAAAUGCAUUGCAAACACUCCACAACAACCGUAUCUUUUAGCAAAAAGAGAAUUGUUUUACAUUUGUCUGUGUGUGUUUACAGCCGUGAUCAAAACGUUUGAGAAUUACACAAAUGUUAAUUUUUCACAAAGUCUGCUGUCUUAGUAGAUGGUAAUUUGCAUAUACUCCAAAAUGUUAUAAAGAGUGAUCAGAUGAAUUGCAAUCAAUUGCAAAGUCCCUCUUUGCCAUGAAUAUGAACCCCCCUUACAAUUUGCUGUGACAUCUGAGAUCAAGUCAGUGGUUCUCUUGUUAAAACAGGUGAGUGUGUUGACGAAGUCAUGCAAAUUAAGCUAGAAUAACAGACUGGUAGCUUUCAAAUAAGGGUUGUACAUUAAAAUAUCCUCAGUUUAUUGUGGUUACCUGUAAGGAAACACGUGCAGUCAUCAUUGCACAAAAAGGGAUUCACAGGCAAGGAUAUUGCUGCUAGUAAGAUUGCACCUAAACCAACUAUUUAUCGGAUACCGCUUCAGGGUGCCCAAAAAGGUUCAAUGCAUUUUCAAGCAUAACCAUAAGGCAAAAGUGAGAACUAAGCGGCUCUGGGGACAGAACAUUGAAAUUUUGGGUCCAUGGCCAGGAAACUCUCCAGACCCUAAUCUCAUUAAGAACUGGCCAAUCCUCAAGAGGUGGGACACACAAAAACCCACAAAUUCUGACAAACUCCAGGCAUUGAUUAUGCAAGAAUGGACCACCAUCCAUCGGGAUUUAAUUGAAAUGUUCAGUGGAUGUUAUAAGCUCUGUAUGGAACCAUUUCUAUCACAAAAUACUUUUUAAAUGAUGUUUUUUAUUACUGUCAUGUAUUUCAUCAGUUUUGGUAUGAAAUAAAAAUCUUUUAAAGACCAGGAA